AAGCCUUUACCUCUUCGCCGACGAAACGCCUCGUGAACGCAGGCGGUCCUGUUUGCGGAUCGUUUCGUUUUACUGCCUCGUAUCCACCCGAAUCUAAACAAUCGCUCCUUAUUGACAAAAUCGCCCGGGCGUCUGCGGGGCCCCCGGGUUAAACGGGUUGUUGCUUCUGCGACGUUUUACGAGUGUGGGAAAAUUCACAGCGAUCGCAGACCCGCCGCAACGGACUCCUGGGUCGGUUCGAUCGGCCGCAAAAUAAACCGACCGGCCUCGUUAAAUUGAAUGUUUCUCGGAAACAACGAGGAGCACGGGUCGAACUCGACGCAGCGAAAACGAACGUGGCACGGAACGAUUCUAGAAAUCGCGAAAUGUCGCCGUAGGCUGCUGGACCAAUUGAGAAACAAUUGUGGAAGUCGGAAGUAGAUCGGACUGAUUCCAGGUCGAUAACAAUCUGAGGACUCUACUAAAAAAAUAUACAUGUCGAAUCGAGCCUCCUACUUUUCGAAGUCGGUUAAAAAAAGAAAUGAAAAAAGGUGUAUUAUCCGCGUCUAUGAUAUCCAAGAAUAAGGAGUGAAAUGAGAACACGAAACGUAGGGUGAGAGAUUGGUCGUGUUGGUAAAGCGUUCGACUGUGGAUCCGAGGAUCGUGGGUUCGAAUCCUCCCCGUGCCUUGAUGAAAGUUUUUCGUUUAGACUCCAUUUUUUCAAGAAAGAAAGUAACUUACAAAGUUAAUCGCGAUUUCACAGAAGUACAGGAGGGAGAAGGGGGGUGGGUUGACCCGCUAUUUGUCUAAAGUCAAAGUCGCUAGGGGGAGCGGCACGAAGAGGAAGACAAGAGCGGUGUUCCGAGAAACCGAUACGGUUUGAGUAUAAAUUACCGCAGCUUUGUUUACAUAUCGACUCGUUUACUGCCGGCGUGGGUGUUGGGACAGCAUAUGUGUAAACAGCAAUAAAACACGCCGCCAGUCCCUGGGAUAGGUAACCGCCUCCCUAGCGAGGAAACGAGCAAACGAGAGUUCCUCGGAAUGCCUCGAUGGGCGGAGCUGGAUCCACCCUCCUGAUCAACCGCGUGUCAAAUUAAACACCCUUCGUUAGAGAAUUGGUCCAACCGAACGCAAAUCGCACCCAGUCAUCCACGCGACGGAUUCUGGACCGGUUCGAGGGUGUUUGUUCCCCCUGGUCCCACCAUAAUUCCUUGAGAUCAGUCCUUGGAGUCUUCGCUCCGAGUCUUCCGCUUCAUCUCGAGAUACUUCCAGUGUGGUGUACAAUCCAGUAAAAGAGCACAGUUCUUUCGAGUAAUCGCCAGAGGAACUCGAGGGCUGCUGAGGAGUCUCAGGGGUCCUUGAAAGCAGGAGAUCUUUCGAUGCAGUAUCCUACGGGACUCGGAAUACAAAGUGCGUAGCCCAGUUUGGUGGCCAACUCGUCGAGAUUCAAACUCGUCAAGAUUCAUACUCGUCAAGAUUCAAAAUACUCGUCGCGACAGUAAUCUCCAGAAGCCUUCGAAGCCUUGAAAGCCUACAACGUCCACCACGGCGCGAUCACGCAGCGUAACAACCAAAACAACGACCAGAUGCCCAGACCAGGUCCCGAUGGAGCCAAACGGUAGCUACCCGGACGCAUCCAAGGUAUACGGAUGCGAUUUACGAGGGGGUUUCGAGCUAUGGAACCCAGAGGAGAUCUUCCCUACUAUGUGCCCGCUCCCCAGCUACUACAGCCUGGUGCCAGACGUGCUCGGUUCGAGGAGCUUGCCGCUCUCCUGGAGCGUUCCUCAGAUCCGAUACAAGCCCCAGCCUCGCUACGAGAAGCCUCCGUACUCCUACAUAGCUCUGAUAGCGAUGGCGAUCAAUUCAUCGCCGAAGCAGAGGCUCACACUCUCGGGCAUCUACAAGUUCAUCAUGGAAAGGUUUCCGUAUUACAGGGAGAACCGUCAGGGUUGGCAGAACAGCAUCAGGCACAAUCUGAGCUUGAACGACUGCUUCGUGAAGAUUCCCAGGGACAAAGUCGUCGGGGAGGACAGCGAGGAGGAUCAGGCUGGGAAAGGGAGCUAUUGGACCCUGGAUCCCUCUGCCAGCGAGAUGUUCGAGCAUGGAAAUUACAGGAGGAGGAGGAUGAAGAAGCAGAAGCCAUUCGUCCAGGGCAACCGACGGGAACAUGACCGCGGAGUUGUCUCGGUCUCGCCGGAAGUCUUCUCAAACUCGACGAAGCGCGAAGAGAAAAACGAGGAAUGUAAAAUAAUCGAGAUGAGAGAUGUCGAAGAAGCACGGAAGACGAAAGUGAAAUACGCAGAAUCUCAAGGACACUGCGUAAAAUCGAUGAUGUUCACGAUCGAGAAUAUCUUACGGAAGUCUACGGACGAGCCAGCUACAUAGCUAUU